AUGACCGUUCCUUCAGCUACUUCCGCCGGUGCCUCCUCGACUGCGACGUGUUUCUCUUGCUUCCCAGCAUUGGUUCGUCGAGGUAACGGUGGUACCCACAGUAGCAUGAUGAAGGGUCGCUACCUCUCUGGUGAUGGUCCCCGAGAGCAGUCUUCGAGGGAGUUCGAUUGGAAUCCCGAGCCUGGUCCCAGCCCCACGAUGCUACGGGCCAUUGCUCAAGCACAGGCUUGCCCGUCGCCAGCUACUGGAUUGGUCUCCGCGUGGAGUAGGCGGAUGACUUUCCGAGGAGCCUUCAUCGUAGAGAUCGUCGCCAUACUGCCGGUGCCUCCGACGUCUCUGGAUCGCAUUAGUCCAGUGGAGGCCCUUCGAGCUUGGGAUUGGCCUAAGAGCAUGAAGGAGGCUAUACAGUCGUUCGAGUUCGUCAAGAGGUUGCCGGAAGGGGUUAGUCAUUGUGACGUACUGAGUGCAUUGGUCAACGGCAUCACAGCUGCCACAUGGGGGCUUAUGGGUACUGAGAUGGUUCUCUGGUAUGACAAUAUUCUCCGCAAUAGCUGUCCCUACGUUCUGCGCGGUGCUGGGGUCGUGCCUGGCGAUUAUAAUGCCAUUGAAGGAUAA